AUGGCCCGCCUCGGCAUCACCGCGUCAGUCCUCGCACUCCUCCUCGCAGCGGCGACGUUCUCCUCAGCCGCCGGUUUACCCACGGCCGGCGGCGCGCCACGUAGGGUGCUGUGGAGCAAGGGCGUCCCGGCCGACCCGUUCUGCCCGUGGGAGGCCGUCAAGUUCGGCGCGUGCGCGGCGGUGCUCGGCCUCGCGGACGCGCAGGCCGGCGCGCAGCUCGGGAGCGAGUGCUGCCAGCUCGUGGGCGGUCUCGCCGCGACGGAGGCCGCCGCGUGCCUCUGCGUCGCCGCCAAGGAGGGCGUGCUCGGCCUCGUCUCCGCCGAGUGGUCCGUCGGCGUCGAGCUCCUCGCCAGCGCCUGCAAGACGGAGAUCCCCGACGGCUUCAAGUGCGUGUGA